AUGGCCGCUUUGGUCAAAAUCGUUCAGGACAACAACACCGAAAUUCAGCCAAAAGAAAUAUGGCUCGCUGGGGUAGCAAUGAUAGGCCUGGGAGUGGCAAUCGAACUACCCGUUCUAAGAGUAUCAGAUCUCUUCGAUGACUCAACAAUAAUCCAGAUGGCACCCGUCAUAUCGAUCGUUGCCGGCUGUAUCGUCUUCGUCGUGAGCUUCUUUGGAUGCUGUGGGGCGAUUAAAGAAAGCCAGUGCAUGCUUGUUACUUACGCUUUCUUUAUGAUACUCCUCGCAGUAUUGAAAGUAACUCUCAUUGCAUUGAUUGUUAUCAAACACGACGAUUUCCUGGACGGCUUAUCUCGACUGCUUACAGAGUCGUUUAUCAAUGAUCCAUUGGACUUCCAGAAUAUCGAGAGAAUAUUCGUAUGUUGCGGCCCCUUGGGUCCUGCUUCGUAUCUCAACGUUACGUUGCCGGAUUCGUGCUGCCUUCGACCUGUUUGCACUGUUCUAAAUUCUUUCAAAGGAUGCGAUAAAGUAAUAGAGGACUUUUUCUACGUGAUUGGCUUAGCGACGAUUAUUAUUGCCGGCAUAGUAGCUGUCUUUGAGGUAAAAACAUCAGUAUUUACUUAA